GCCGGCAGUCGCUCACUUAGUCGCUCCACAAGCACCACCAACACACGCUAGCCAUGAAACCGUUCCUGAUCCUCGCCCUGGCCGCCCUGGCGCACGCCCGCCCCGAGGCCGGCUACUCCUACAACGCGCCCGCCCCCGCGCCACAGCCGUCCUCCAGCUACGGCGCCCCGUCAGGCCUCGGCCUGAGCGCCGGCGGCCUCGGCGGCGGCCACGGUGGCGGCCACGGUGGCGGCCACGGUGGCCUCGGCGGCGGCAGCAGCAGCUUCGGCAGCAGCGGCCUCGGCUUCAGCGGAAUCAGCAGCGGUUUCAGCGGCUCGUCCUUCGGAGGAUCCCAGCAGGCCUUCAGCUCGGGCAGCUCCGGCUCGUCCUUCGGGGGUUCGUCCUUCUCCAACGGUGGCUCCUACAGCAACGGCGGCUCCUCCUUCGGCGGCUACCAGAGCCAGGCUCCCCUGAUCAGCAAGCACGUGUACGUCCACGUCGCCCCCGAGGAGCCCGAGGUGCGCGCUCCCGCCCGCAUCAACGCCCCCACCCAGGCGCGCAAGCACUACAAGAUCGUCUUCAUCAAGGCCCCCACCCUGCCCCAGCAGGACGAGGAGAAGACCAUCAUCUACGUGCUGUCCAAGAAGCCCGAGGACCAGGCCGAGAUCAACGUGCAGGCCGCCGCCCCCACCACGCCCACCAAGCCCGAGGUCUACUUCAUCAAGUACAACACCAAGAAGGAGCAGUCCGGCGGCCUCAGCCUGUCUGCCGCCAACGGCCCCUCGUCCAGCUACGGCGUGCCCGCCUCCAUCUCCGCCAACGUCGCCGCCCCCAGCAACAGCUACAUCCCCGCCCCCAUCCCCCAGGCCGCGGCCCCGAGCAGCAGCUACGGCGUGCCCAGCGCCAACGGCGGCCCCUACUAA